AUGUUCCACUGGUGCCCCCCCAGAGAUAUUGAGAAGGCUGUAUUGACCCGCAGUGAAGCAGCAAUGACGGUUGUGACUGGCCACGUGGUGGUGUGCAUCUUUGGUGAUGUGAAUUCGGCUGUGAUGGGCCUGAGGAACCUGGUGAUGCCUCUCAGAGCCAGUAACUUCCACUAUCAUGAACUGAAACAUAUAGUCUUUGUGGGCUCACUGGACUACCUAAAGAAGGAGUGGGACACAAUCAACAUCUUCCCCAAAGUCUCCAUCUUACCCGGCUCUCCUCUGAGCAGAGCAAAUCUGAGAGCUGUGAACAUCAACCUGUGUGACAUGUGCGUCAUCAUCUCAGGCAUUCAGAAUAAUGAUGAGGAUACAUCAAUGCAGGAUAAAGAGUGCAUUCUGGCCUCACUCAACAUCCAGUCUAUGCAAUUUGAGGACACCAUAGGCCUUCUGCAGGCCAACUCGCAUGGCUUCAUUCCUCCAGGUAUGGACCGCUCUUCUCCUCAGAACAGCCCUGUGCAUGGCCUGAUGAGACAGACCAUGACCAUGGAAUGCAAUAUCCCCUUCAUCACAGACCUCGCUAAAGCAGACAGAUUGCUGAACUCGCUGUGCGUGAUACAGGAUAGGAGCAAUGGAACCUCAAUCCCUAUGAUCACUGAGCUUGUGAAUGAUGGUAACGUACAGUACCUGGACCAGGAUGAUGAUGAUGACCCAGACAGUGAGCUGUACCUCACACAGCCCUUCGCAUGUGGGACAGCAUUUGCUGUCAGUGUGCUCGACUCUUUAAUGAGUGCUACUUACUUCAAUGAUAACAUUUUGUCAUUGAUCCGGACGCUGGUCACAGGUGGAUCCACUCCGGAACUGGAGAGUUUGUUGGCGGAGGAGAACACACUGCGGGGGGGCUACAGCACCCAUGAAACAUUGGCCAAGAGGGACAGGUGCCGUGUGACCCAGGUGGCCCUGUGUGAAGGACCCUUUGCUGAACUUGGGAAAGGAGGUUUAUAUGGGGAAUUAUUCCGCAAGGCAAUAAAAACUUACAACAUGCUGUGUUUUGGAAUAUACCGACUGCUGGACAUGCCCCGGACCACUGAGACUGAGUGUACGAAGCGGUUUGUAAUCACCAACCCUCCAUAUGAUUUGGAGCUGAUACCUACGGACAUGGUCUUCUGCCUGAUACAGUUUGACCCUGCGGCGGGUCAUUCGUGUACCACACUGUCCCACUCCUCAAACAAAAAGAACUCGUAG